GUGACGGUCGUCUUCAAAAGUUUCCUUUCAUGAGCGAGUGUAGGUCCUAGGGUUUAACUUAGCUCUGGAGCAUCAUGACACCACUGGCCCCAGGGCCUUGAGCCUACUUCUUUUUAGCGGGCAAACCCCUCGGUGCGCCACGCUGUAACUGUGGAGGAGCUGGCCGUUCCUCUGGAAGAAAAUAGUGGAUGCCUGCUGCACGCAAACUGUCCGUGCUAGCGGCCAGCUUGCAGCUCUCUCAAUUAGAGAUCUGCGACAGACAAUUACUCCAACAGGCAUCGACAUUUGCCCCCGAGGUAGCGACGACACCCUAUCCUCUGUUCACUCUCCGCAACACAGACAACAACAAAGAAACCACAUCGAUUCCUCCGAUAUCAGAUCAUCACACCGGGCACAAGCUCCGUCGAGCAACCAUGGUGCUCCUCACCAUGACGCCCUCCAUCUUGGAGGUCCUCGCUCUCGAGACGCCAAAACGCCAACAGCCGGCUCAGACAGACGACGAGACGACCGGCUCAUCACAAGUCGGCGCAGAAGAACCGUCCCUCAAAAACCCGAGCGUCGGCAAUCCCAUAUCACACAGCCAGAUCGUCGACUUGUGGAGGAAUCUGAAGUCCCAAGGCGAUUCAGCACCCAGUCUCGAGCAGCUCCUUCGCGGUGCCAGCGUCUACGUCCCCCCUCCUCCUCCUAAGCCAGAACCCUCUCCCCAAUACAAAGCCCUUAUGGCCCGCCUUCGCCGCGACGAAGAAGCCCGCGCCUACGAACGCAUGAUGAACCCCCAAGCCCGCGCCGAAAGCUUCCACGACCGUUUCCCCAGCGCCGCCCACGCCUUCGCCGAGGCAAACAAGCCCACGAGUCGAGAAGACAUUGGCGAUGAUGACGUUUCCGUCAGCCAGGCCCACCGAGAAGUCACCCUGAUCCUCAACUUCCUCGUGAGCAUUGCCGGCGUGGCAGGCACCCUUUGGGUUGUGGCGAGAUGGUGGAGUACUCCGUCGCGAUUGUUCCUCACACUGGGCGGCAGUAUUCUCGUCGCGAUUGCGGAGGUUGUGGUGUACAAUGGAUACAUGUGGAGGAUGGGCGAGGCGAAGAAGAAGCAAAAGAAGGUCGACGAGAAGAAGGCCGACGAGGUGAAGGAGGUGCUGGAGACGUGGGUGGUCGGUCCAGGUGAGGAUGAGAAAGACGAGAAGACAGUAUUAAUCAAGGAAAAGGACGAUGAUGCGCAGGAUACUGUAAGGAAACGAAACGUGGAAGCGAAGACGGAAACAUGAUGAUACCCAUGCCACACAAUGGAAAUACUUAGACUUGGCAUGGCCAAUAAUUCACGCCAAAAUUUGGCUUAAUCCGACAAGUGGGUAGGGCAUGCCAUGAUGUCUCAUUAAUGAGACCGACUGGCUAGGGAGGAAUUAUUCCACAGCUCUGAGAAUGCGCAGUAAGAUGCAAUCCGUCAUGAUAUUGGAUCGAGCAUGGGGCAGCUCUAAUUGAAAUGGGCGGG